GUCAUUUUGAGGCACACACUUUCCCUGUAUAUUUUAUUAUUACUAAGAAAAAAAGUAUGCCAGCAGUAUAAUUCUCGCGAAUAAAUGUUUUAAAUACCGAUAUUAAAGUGUGAAGUGCACGUUUUUAAUACAGACCGCGUAUUCAGAGAUUACAAGAAAGAUGAAUAAAAAUGGAAAUUCCAAGACUAAAUAUUGCAUCCAAUCAGAGAAACAUCCCUUGCAGACCUCCCUAGGCCUUUGUUCACUCAUGGAACACCAGAGUUUGGUGGAUAUUGCCAUCUGUUGCGGUAACAAUACCCUGCACGCACACAAGGUGGUUUUAGCCGCGAACAGCCCUUUAUUUAGAGAGGAACUCGAAAAAAAUUCAUGCAUCGAACAGGUCAUCAUUUCCGGUUGCGACUUUUCCGUGAUCAGGUCCAUAGUGGAGUUCAUGUAUUGCGGGGAGACGACUGUAUCCGAGGAUUACAUUAAGUACCUUGUUGCGGCCGCCAAGUUGUUUCAGAUGAAGAGUUUGGAGAACCUUUCGUUAGAACGCACCGACUAUCAGUUUACGGGUGACGUCAUCGUCCUGCCCAAACCGCAAUUCCUAUCGAAGAAACCGAAAUACCCCACCUAUCCCUUCAAUGCAAACACCAGCCUGCCCCCCAACAACAUCCUAAAGCCACUCAACUACACCGUAAACAACCUGUACAAGCCGCACAAGGUGAAACGGAAGUUCCGCUUGGAGGCCGAGCACCAGGCGUGCAUAAAAGAGGCGCAUGCCAGCCGAUUGGCCAUCGCCAACCUAAAAAAAGAGAUCGCCUCGGCCCCCCAAGCCAACACGUUCAUCAUAGAGGAGACGUGCACGGAAACCACCGUCGAGAACUUCAUACCUCACCCGGAGCAGUCCGGGUACGUCGAGGUGGACUAUAAUAACAUCGACAACCAGGUGUUCGUCUCGCCCAACAAUUUCAACCAGGAAACGAGUAAAUCGGCCAAUAUGAUACAGUUGGCCCUGCAGAAUAAUGGCCAGGCGCUGACCGCUGACAAGAUAAAGCACAUCCUGGGCAACGAGGUGCCGGCCAACGUGGAGAUCAUGUUCAAGACGAGCGACGGCAGUUUCGUGACGGUGACGGACGAGGUGCUGCAGAAUCUUUCCACCAAGGAGGGGUUACAGUACCAGGUGGUGGACGAGAACGGGCAGGUGGGCGAGAUACAGGAGUUGCAGGUCCUCGGGAGAGACGCCCUGGAAAAAAUCAACAAAAUAAACGCCCAGGACCUGCCGAAGGACCUCUCCAGUCACGGUUCCGACUUGUCCACCGUCACCAACCCGGAAGACUACAUCAGCACCCACUUCCUCGAAGGAUCUCAAAUCGUCUUCAACACAAGCGAGAGUAACCCGACGGUGGUGGAUCCCGUCUCCGUGGAGAAUCCCAAGAACUUCACGGGCGGUCCGGUGUUCGAAACCGCCGACAAAGACAUGGAGCUGUUGGCUUUAAACACUGAGGAACUGAAACCCACCUUCCCCGAUGACAGCCAGAUGAAGGUAAACGGUUUCUACGAUUUCGGGGAGGACCUGAAACCGGCCGCGUCCCAGCUGGAGAACGACAUGACGAUCACGGUAGACGACAAGUACAGGCUGGGGGACCUGACGUCGCUGUCGCCCCGUAAAACGAGGUCCUCCCUCAAGUUCUCGCCCGACAUGUUCUUCGCCGACAUCCCCACCACCGGCGCCGAUGCGGACACGGAGGAGUGUGACCAAAAGAAAUUCUGCCCCGGCCGCAGGAAGAAGGCGGUGUAAUUUUAAUUGUUGGGUCUACUUUGUAAGUACACGUAGUUUUUGCAUGUUCCUUUCCAGAUUUUUGUGGUUUAUGAUAAUAAAUUUUUUAAUUCCACUUAAUUCAUUGCUUGGGGUAGGUUUUAGAGUCGUUGUAAGAUUAAACAAUUGGUAUAUUUUAUUUCUCGGUUGACGGUUUUAAACUUUGCCUAUUAUACACACUAUUGUAGCUCUUGUUUUAUGUAGA